UUGCGUCUUUUUUUAAAUUUUAUAUCGUUCUUCUACUUUCUAUUUUUCUUUCCACUCCUUCUUUGUUUCUUACUUUGUUUCUUUCCUCUUGUUCUUUGUUUCUUUAAUUCUUUCCUCUCAUUCUUUGUUUCUUCAUUUCUUUCCUCUCAUUCUUUUUUCCUUUGUUUCAAUCCUCUUGUUCUUUGUUUCAUUUUUUCUUUCGUCUUGUUCUUUGUUCUUUGUUUCUUUAAUUCUUUCCUCUCAUUCUUUGUUUCUUUCUUUAAUUCUUUCAUCUCGUUCUUUGUUUCAUUAUUUCUUUCCUCUCAUUCUAUGUUUCUUUAUUUCUUUCCUCUCAUUCUUUGUUUCUUUGUUUCUUUCCUCUCAUUCUUUUUUCCUUUGUUUCAAUCCUCUUGUUCUUUGUUUCUUUAUUUCUUUCCUCUCAUUCUUUGUUUCUUUAUUUCUUUCCUCUCAUUCUUUGUUUCUUUGUUUCUUUCCUCUCAUUCUUUGUUUCUUUAUUUCGUUCCUCUCAUUCUUUUUUCCUUUGUUUCAAUCCUCUUGUUCUUUGUUUCUUUAUUUCUUUCCUCUCAUUCUUUGUUUCUUUAUUUCGUUCCUCUCAUUCUUUUUUCCUUUGUUUCAAUCCUCUUGUUCUUUGUUUCUUUAUUUCUUUCCUCUCAUUCUUUGUUUCUUUUCGUUCGUUCCUCUCAUUCUUUUUUCCUUUGUUUCAAUCCUCUUGUUCUUUGUUUCUUUAUUUCUUUCCUCUCAUUCUUUGUUUCUUUAUUUCUUUCCUCUCAUUCUUUGUUUCUUUAUUUCUUUCCUCUCAUUCUUUUUUCCUUUGUUUCAAUCCUCUUGUUCUUUGUUUCUUUAUUUCUUUCCUCUCAUUCUUUGUUUCUUUAUUUCUUUCCUCUCAUUCUUUGUUUCUUUGUUUCUUUCCUCUCAUUCUCUUUUCCUUUGUUUCAAUCCUCUUGUUCUUUGUUUCUUUAUUUCUUUCCUCUCAUUCUUUGUUUCUUUAUUUCUUUCCUCUCAUUCUUUGUUUCUUUGUUUCUUUCCACUCAUUCUUUUUUCCUUAGUUUCAAUCCUCUUGUUCUUUGUUUCUUUAUUUCUUUCCUCUCAUUCUUUGUUUCUUUAUUUCUUUCCUCUUGUUCUUUGUUUCUUUAUUUCUUUCCUCUUGUUCUUUGUUUCUUUAUUUCUUUCCUCUCAUUCUUUGUUUCUUUAUUUCUUUCCUUUGUUCUUUGUUUCUUUAUUUAUUUCCUCUCAUUCUUUGUUUCUUUAUUUCUUUCCUCUUGUACUUUGUUUCUUUAUUUCCUUCCUCUCAUUCUUUGUUUCUUUAUUUCUUUCCUUUGUUCUUUGUUUCUUUAUUUAUUUCCUCUCAUUCUUUGUUUCUUUAUUUCUUUCCUCUUGUACUUUGUUUCUUUAUUUCUUUCCUCUUGUUCUUUGUUUCUUUAUUUCUUUCCUCUAGUUCUUUGUUUCUUUAUUUCCUUCCUCUCAUUCUUUGUUUCUUUAUUUCUUUCCUCUCAUUUUUUGUUUCUUUGUUUCUUUCCUCUUGUUCUUUGUUUCUUUAUUUCGUUCCUCUCAUUCUUUGUUUCUUUAAUUCUUUCCUCUUUUUUUUGUUUCUUUAUUUCGUUCCUCUCAUUCUUUGGGUCUUUAUUUCUUUCCUCUUGUUCUUUGUUUCUUUAUUUCUUUCCUCUUGUUCUUUGUUUCUUUGUUUCUUUCCUCUCAUUCUUUUUUCCUUUGUUUCAAUCCUCUUGUUCUUUGUUUCUUUAUUUCUUUCCUCUCAUUCUUUGUUUCUUUGUUUCUUUCCUCUCAUUCUUUGUUUCUUUGUUUCUUUCCUCUCAUUCUUUUUUCCUUUGUUUCAAUCCUCUUGUUCUUUGUUUCUUUAUUUCUUUCCUCUCAUUCUUUUUUCUUUUUUUUCUUUUUUUCCUCUCAUUCUUUGUUUCUUUUCUUUAUUUCUUUCCUCUCAUUCUUUUUUUUUCUUUGUUUCAAUCCUCUUGUUCUUUUUUCUUUAUUUCUUUCCUCUCAUUCUUUGUUUCUUUUUUCUUUCCUUCUCUUUGUUCUUUGUUUCUUUAUUUCUUUCCUCUUGUUCUUUUCUUUGUUUCUUUUAUUUCUUUCCCUCUCAUUCUUUGUUUCUUUAUUUCUUUCCUCUCAUUCUUUGUUUCUUUGUUUCUUUCCUCUCAUUCUUUUUUCUCCUUUUUGUUUCAAUCCUCUUGUUCUUUGUUUCUUUAUUUCUUUCCUCUCAUUCUUUGUUUCUUUAUUUCUUUCCUCUUGUUCUUUGUUUCUUUAUUUCUUUCCUCUUGUUCUUUGUUUCUUUAUUUCUUUCCUCUCAUUCUUUGUUUCUUUAUUUCUUUCCUCUCAUUCUUUUUCUUUGUUUCUUUGUUUCUUUCCUCUCAUUCUUUUUUCCUUUGUUUCAAUCCUCUUGUUCUUUGUUUCUUUAUUUCUUUCCUCUCAUUCUUUGUUUCUUUAUUUCUUUCCUCUUGUUCUUUGUUUCUUUAUUUCUUUCCUCUUGUUCUUUGUUUCUUUAUUUCUUUCCUCUCAUUCUUUGUUUCUUUAUUUCUUUCCUCUCAUUCUUUGUUUCUUUGUUUCUUUCCUCUCAUUCUUUUUUCCUUUGUUUCAAUCCUCUUGUUCUUUGUUUCUUUAUUUCUUUCCUCUCAUUCUUUGUUUCUUUAUUUCUUUCCUCUUGUUCUUUGUUUCUUUAUUUCUUUCCUCUUGUUCUUUGUUUCUUUAUUUCUUUCCUCUCAUUCUUUGUUUCUUUAUUUCUUUCCUCUCAUUCUUUGUUUCUUUGUUUCUUUCCUCUCAUUCUUUUUUUUUUUGUUUCAAUCCUCUUGUUCUUUGUUUCUUUAUUUCUUUCCUCUCAUUCUUUGUUUCUUUAUUUCUUUCCUCUUGUUCUUUGUUUCUUUAUUUCUUUCCUCUUGUUCUUUGUUUCUUUAUUUCUUUCCUCUCAUUCUUUGUUUCUUUAUUUCUAUCCUCUCAUUCUUUGUUUCUUUGUUUCUUUCCUCUCAUUCUUUUUCCCUUUGUUUCAAUCCUCUUGUUCUUUGUUUCUUUAUUUCUUUCCUCUAA